UUAGUGACGAAGAUGAAGAGUAGAAGAAUAAGAUUACGUCCGCACCAAGUUACCGGUAGAUGCUGAGCUUAUCUUUUGUUUUUAUUGUUGUUGUGUUGUUGUUUGUAAACUCUUUAAAGUUGGCUAAUAGGCUUUUAUCAUAAUGAACUCAGGGUUGUAUAUCCUAUGUGAACCUCUGUUUACAGUAUUAUAAUAUAAUCCGUGUACGAUUGUGAUACUAUUUUAUUAAAAUUGUACAUAUCAACUACUAUUUUAGAAACUGAUAUGAGAUAUACGGUAGAACCCAGUAUAAAAGUUCAAUACAGAAAAUAACCCCUAAAGUGGGCUCAGUGGAUCCGGGAUCAAGAGAUUCCUUUCAACGGCCCUGAUUCCUUCCCCUUCACUUGCCUUCUUUUUUAUCUCCCUUCGCCCCGCUCCCCUUCCCACCACCCGCAUCUUCCCUUCACCCACAUCUCCCUUCUCGGCUUCUCCCUCUUCUCCGCCAAGGCCAUGGCUACCACCACCUCCUCUAGGCUCUAGCCCUCGCCGCUAGCUUCUUUCCUAGCCAGCCGCUGUAAGUAGUACACAUCCGUACGUAUAUAGUUAUAGAGAAGGUACAUACAAGAAAGAGGAAAGUGAGGGAGAUGAUGCUGGGGAAGAGGUCCGGGAGGCCGGCGCCGGCGCGGCACACGAUGCGCCGGACUACGAGCAUGACGGAGUUCGCGCCGCCGGACGUGCUGGCGGACGUGGCCGAGGAGGAGGAUGAGGAGGAGCUGCAGCUGCCGGUGCACGCCGAGGAGCAGGCGGCGGAAGACCCGUACGGGUGGGCCGUCGGCAUCGCCGCCGCGGCCGGGAGGGCUGACUGGCUGGCUGCGUACCGCGCGCGAGCGGCGCCGGCGCUGGCGGGUCUCCGGCGGAACUCGGCCGACUUUUCGGCCCCCGAGACCGCCGCGUUCCUCCGCGCCUGCGGACUCUGCAACCGCCGCCUCGGCCCCGGACUCGACACCUUCAUGUACAGGGGCGACACAGCGUUCUGCAGCCUGGAGUGCAGGCAGCAGCACAUAACGAUCGAGGAGUGGAAGGAGAAGUGCGCGUUCGCGGCGCCGCCGUCGGCACCCGCGUCCAUGGCAGGCCCCGACAAAUCCGCCGCCGCCACCGCCGCCGAAGGCACGCUCGCGGCCGCCUGAGGCGAUGGGCUAGCUGACCACCCGCCACGUGCUUACAUAUAUCUAUGUGCGGAGCUUUCAUCUGUGUAGCAAUAUGAUCAGCACUUGUUGCAAUUCCAAUUCAUCUGCGCACAUGACUGCCUCCAUUUUGAUCA